AAUUAGAAUUGGAUAAAUUAAUGUAUUUCGAAGGAGGAAGGCAUCGUGAAUGCUCUUAGAAAUAACGUUUCCGUUUCUACCGACGAACGGAGAGGAACAGAAUAGCAGCAAUGGAAGCCGUAACAGGGCCAUGGAAGCAGCUCCUUCUGAACGCAUUGGAGUCCAACUCCCACCUCAGGCACUCUUCCUUCUUUCAACUUGCCACUGUGGGAUUGAAUGGGAGACCUUCGAAUCGCACUGUGGUUUUCAGAGGACUUGAAGAGAACACUGAUAAGAUCCAAAUCCACACUGAUUACCGAACUCAUAAGAUUGAAGAGCUUAGGCAUUGCCCAUAUGCUGAGAUAUGCUGGUAUUUUACCGACUCUUGGGAGCAAUUCCGGGUCAAUGGAAAAAUUGAUAUCCUCGAUGAAUCAAAUCCUGAUCUCAACGAGCUCCAGCAAAGAGAAAAAUCUUGGUAUGCCAGUUCUCUGAAAUCAAGACUGCUGUAUUUGGGGCCUAGUCCUGGUCUUCCCUGUCUAAGCGAACAGCAGGACCAGGAAUUCUUGGAUCAUUCUACAGGUCCAGUUGGUACAUUCUCUCUGCUGGUUUUAGAUCCAGAUCAGGUUGAUUACUUGAAUCUGAAGAGUAACCAGAGAAUAAAAUUUACAUCUGGACUGAGUUUGAAUGGAGAAAAGUGCUGGACUUCCCAGAGGAUCAAUUCAUAAUCUAUGCUUUGUAACUUUUGGAUUCCAAUAUGAAGCGUGGUUUCAAUUUAGAAAUCUUUUAUGAAAUUUGUUAUAAAGAUAUCUCUAUUUCAUGAUCUUUUACUAGUGCACCAUAUAAGUUUAUAUUAUAAGAAUAAAAUGGAGAUACAUUUUUGUAUA